AUGUCAUCUGCUUCGACCAGUAAUGCACUCUACGCCGCUGCCAUCAGCUCGUCUCAAUUGACUAAAGCGAUUCCUGAGGAAGCGAAAGAGUUACGACACCAUCAGAAGAACGGGAAGGGUUUUCUCAAUCCUUGGAAGUCAUGGAACGAACAAAGUGCUUUCAAGAUCAUCUCGACUGUUAUAUACCGCCGAUUCAGCGGUAAGGCGAACACACCAGACACGAAACCUCCUACGGUACCUGUCCACAAGCCUACCUUCCUUCGCUCUCGAAAUACCCAGGAUCUAAGAGCUACGUGGCUCGGCCAUGCCUGCUAUUACGUGGAGUUUCCUGGAGGCUUGAGGGUACUCUUUGACCCUGUUUUCACACAUCGCUGUUCGCCAUUCUCUUUCCUUGGGCCCGCGCGAUAUACUGAGGCUCCCUGUCAAAUUGAGGACAUUCCGACAAUUGAUAUAGUCAUCAUCUCACACAGUCAUUAUGACCAUCUCUCUCACCCGACUAUUAUGAAAAUCAAGAACUGUCACCCUAAUGCGCACUUCUUUGUCCCUCUGAACAACAAGGCAUGGUUUGUAGAUUGUGGCAUACACAAUGUUACUGAGCUGGACUGGUGGGAUGCGAAGGACUUAAUAUUGUCGAAAUCAACCGAAGCCACGAUUUUGAAGGCAAAGGAGGCGGGAAAUGAUCCAGAGACGAUAAGUGCGACUAUCGGAUGCCUGCCCUGCCAACACAUGUCUGCGAGGAGUCCAUUCAACAAGGCGCAUACACUUUGGGCAUCCUGGAGUGUAGAGAGUGGUGGCAGGAAGCUUUGGUUCGGAGGCGACACCGGGUAUCGCGCUGUGCCUGAGCUACCAGACACCGAAGACGACUACUCACCAGAGUUGAACCUUCCUCAUUGUCCGGCAUUCGCGCAGAUCGGAGCUCUCAGGGGUCCUUUCGACCUUGGACUCAUCCCGAUUGGAGCAUACUCACCACGCUUCAUCAUGUCUCCAAUGCAUGCCAAUCCUUACGACUCAGUGAACAUCUUCCUGGACACGAAGUGUAGGCGGGCGCUUGGCAUGCAUUGGGGUACUUGGGUUCUUACGGACGAAGACGUGCUUGAGCCACCAAGGAUUCUGAGAGAGGCGCUCAGAAAGAAAGGUAUAGAUGAGGUUGGCGUGUUCGAUGUCAUCGAUAUUGGAGAGAGUAAGGAGUACGCAAGUCCUUAG